AUGGAGAACCCGGUGGCCCCCCGUGUCCUCUACCCUGGGGAUGACCCGGGCCAAGGGCCGGAUCCCAGGGGCCCCGGGACGCAGGGAGCGCGCGGCCAGACUGGGGGAGGCGGCAGCGCGCCCGAGGCUCCGGGAGAGGGCAGCCUGCAGCCGCCGGACGCGGCCUGGGGGGAGGGCGCCGCGUCCCCGUCCCCGUCCCCGGCGCAGUCCCCCUGCAGCCUGGGCGCCUCCCUGUGCUUCAGCUCCGGGGACGAGUCCCCGCUGCAGUCCCGCGCUUCCGCCGCCGAGGGCGCAGCGGCCUCCCCGCCCCCGUGCCGCAGCGGCCAGCGGGUGGUGGAGCGGCAGUGGGAGGUCGGCGGCGGCGCAGCGUCGCCGGAGGAGCCCUCGUCCCAGGAGGAGCCCUGGUCCCCGGAGGAGGCCGCGUCCCCGGAGGAGCCCGCUUCCUGGGCAGAGCCCGCAUCCCCGGAGGAGGCCGGGGACCCCGCGCCCGUGCCCCCCGGCGUCGGGACCGCGCACGGGGAGCCGGACCUGGUCAUCGAGGUGUCCGGCCGCCGGCUGCGGGCGCACAAGGCGGUGCUGGCGGCGCGCAGCGACUACUUCCGCGCGCGCGCGUCCCGCGACGUGCUGCGGGUGAGCGGCGUGGGCUGGGCGGCGCUGCGGCUGCUGCUGGCCUACGCGUACAGCGGGCGCAUGGCGGGCGUGCGGCCCGACAACGUGGCCGAGGUGGUGGCGGGCGCGCGCCGCCUGCAGCUGCCCUGCGCCGCGCAGCGCGCCACCGAGGCCGUGGCGCCGCAGCUGAGCCUCGCCAACUGCCUGGAGGUGCUGGGCGCGGCCAAGCGGCAGCGGCUGACGGAGCUGCGCGACGCCGCCUACCGCUUCAUGAGCGACCACUACCUGGAGGUGCUGCGCGAGCCCGCCGUGUUCGGGCGCCUGUCGGGCGCCGAGCGGGACCUGCUGCUGCGCCGCCGCCUGGGCGCCGGCCGGGCCCGCCUGCUGGCCGCCGCGCUGGGGCCGGCCGGGGAGCGCGCGGGCAGCCGGCCGCAGAGCCCGUCGGGGGACGCGGAGGGCCGCGGGGACGCCGCCGUCUACUGCUGGCACGAGGCGGCCCGCGAGUGGCGGGAGCUGACGCGGCUGCCCGAGGGCGCGCCGGCGCGGGGCUGCGGCCUGUGCGUGCUCUACAACUACCUCUUCGUGGCCGGCGGCGUGGCGCCCGCGGGCCCCGACGGCCGCGCGCGGCCCUCGGACCGGGUCUUCUGCUACAACCCGGCCACCGACCGCUGGAGCGCCGUGCGGCCGCUGCGCCAGGCGCGCUCGCAGCUGCAGCUGCUGGCCCUGGACGGCCACCUGUACGCCGUGGGCGGCGAGUGCCUGCUGAGCGUGGAGCGCUACGACCCGCGCGCCGACCGCUGGGCCGCCGCGGCCCCGCUGCCCCGCGGCGCCUUCGCCGUGGCGCACGAGGCCGCCAUCUGCAACGGCGAGAUCUACGUGUCCGGGGGCUCGCUCUUCUACCGGCUGCUCAAGUACGACCCGCGGCGCGACGAGUGGCAGGAGUGCCCGGGCAGCAGCGGCCGCGAGCGCUCGGCCGACAUGGUCGCGCUGGGCGGCUGCAUCUACCGCUUCGACCUGCGCGGGGCCCGCGGGGAGGCGCCGGCGGCCGGGCAGGGGCAGCCGCAGGCCGGCGGGGCGCGCGUGCUGCGCUACCACUGCCUGGCCAAGCGGUGGAGCUGCCGCGCCGCGCACCUGCGGCUCCCGGGCGCGCCGUCGGGGUGGGGCCAGCAGCCCUUCCGCUGCGCCGCGCUGGGCGGCAGCAUCUACUGCGUGAGCCGCGCCGGCACCUGGCGCUUCGUGCCCCCGCCGGACGGCGAGCCCGGCGGGGACGAGGGCGCGGAGGACAGCGUGGAGGCCGAGGCGCUGAGCGGCCCCCUGGACGUGCGGGGCGCGCUCUUCCCCUUCGUGCUCAACCUGCCGGAGAAGCUGGACAGAGGCGAGGAGGGCGCUGCGUAGGACGGGCCGGGUCCCCUGGGCGUCUCCUCCCUCACCCCCCGGGCAGCCCUGGGCGGGGAGGGCCUCCGGGGCCCAGGUGCCCGCCAGGAGUGGAGGAGGGAGAGAGUGCGGGUAGGGCGCUGCCACCAUCCUUUAAGGCUUUGGAGUUGCGAGCUGGCAGCUCGGCCUCCAGGACUCUGCGCUGCUGCGCUAAGGCCCGCCUCCCCAUGGCGCAUCGCCUUUCCCUUCGCUUCGCUUCGCUUUGCCCUUGGCGCCAGGUGUAGGCUGUGCAGACAGGUCACCUCCCGGAGAGACAGGGUGUGGGGGGGGGGCGGUUUGAUCAAAAGGGGAUGCCUCAGGGCGGGCACCCGGCACCCGGUGCACAGGACACGGACGGGCCCACGGGCUCCUUGGCUUCCUGGUGAGCAGCGUGGGGGAGUUGGAAGGUCAGGUAGGCCCAGGUGAACUCUCCGCGCAGCCGCAGAGCAGCCACACCUGUUUGGGCUGGAGGGUUAGGGUGGCCGCUGCUAAGUGAAGCUCUUGAGCCCUUUCUCACCCACUAAGUCAGGUUCCUGCCACCGCUGCUCGCGUUUUGGUGGGCUCCCCCUACGGCAAGAGCCUUCGGUGAGGGCUAUGAGCUCUCUCUCUCUCUCUUUAAAAUAUUUUUUAUAGGUUUCAGAGGAAGGGGGAGAGAGAGCGAGAUAGAAGCAUCAGUGAUGAGAGAGAAUCAUUGAUGGGCUGCCUCCUGCA